AUGACGCCACCGAGGACGGUGAAGGAAGUGCAGCGGCUUACGGGCCGGGUCGCAGCCCUCGGAAGAUUCGUCUCCCGAUCGGCCGAGCGCUGCCUCCCGUUCUUUGCGACCCUCAAGAAGCCCAAAGACUUCCUAUGGUCGGCCCAAUGUCAGCAAGCCUUUGAGGAGCUCAAACAUCUCCUCGCCUCUCCUCCCUUGCUCACAAAGCCUCACCAGGGCGAGCUCCUCUACUUGUACCUAGCUGUUUCUCCUGUAGCAGUAAGCUUGGUCCUGGUCCGGAAGGAGAGCAAGCUCCAGAAGCCGGUUUAUUAUACAAGCCGGGUCUUGAGGGGUGCUGAGACCCGAUAUUCCAAGCUGGAAAAGACCGCUUACGCCCUGGUCGUCUCAGCCCAAAGGCUCCGGCCGUACUUUCAAGCCCACACUAUAGCCGUACUAACCGACCAACCAGUGAAGCAGAUCCUGCAGCGAUCAGAUCGCGCCGGUCGGACCACAAAGUGGGCCAUCGAGCUUGGGGAGUUCGACAUCGAGUACCGACCCAGGCCAGCGAUUAAGGCGCAAACGCUCGCCGACUUCAUAGUCGAGUGCACAGUGCCAGACGAGCCCGAAGCCAGGCCAGCUCCAGCCGAGCAGACCCCGAGCCCGAUCUGGACUUUACAUGUCGAUGGCUCCUCGAACUCGGGGGAGUACGAAGCACUUGUCGCCGGGCUCAAGUUGGCCAGAGAGCUGGGGGUGAAAGACCUAAGGGCCUUCAGCGACUCCCAGUUGGUCGUGAACCAAAUCUUGGGUGAUUUUGAGGCCAGAGAGCCCACUAUGCAAGAAUACUUCCGGAAGGUGCGGGACCUCACCUCGGCUCUGAACUCCUUCCACAUCCAAUACAUCGCUAGAACGGAAAACUCCAGAGCAGAUCAACUCUCAAAGCUGGCGUCUUCCCGCAUGAGCGAACUCCCGAAGGCAGCGGCCUUGGAGUAUCUCCAAAGACCCAGCACGGAGGAGCCUGAGUCGACCCUUUGCAUCGAAGCUGAACCAAGCUGGACGGACGAGCUCAUCAGCUACUUGCGGGAUGAUGUCCUCCCCAGCGACGAACGAGAAGCUCGCCGAGUCAAGCGCUUGGCCACCCGGUACAUAUGGUACGAAGGUAAUCUCUAUCGAAGGUCCUUCACCUCCCCCCUCCUCAGGUGCCUCCGCUCGUCCGAGGCGGAUUAUGCAAUACGCGAAGUCCAUGAAGGGAUUUGUGGAAGCCAUCUGGGGGAACGAGCAUUAGCGCACAAGAUUCUACGCCAAGGAUAUUACUGGCCUACACUCCAGAAGGACACCCUGGACUUCGUCCAGAAGUGCGACCGGUGCCAGAGGAACGCCAGCAUCCAACGACGACCUUCAGCCCUACUGACCUCAAUCAGUUCCCCCUGGCCAUUCGCCCAGUGGGGGAUUGACAUCCUGGGACCAUUCCCUUUGGCGACUGGACAAAGGAAAUUUAUCGUUGUCGCCAUUGACUAUUUCACGAAGUGGGUGGAGGCCGAGCCGCUUGCCCGAAUCACCGAGCAGAAGAUGUGGGACUUCGUCUGGAAGUCGAUCAUUUGCAGGUUCGGGCUCCCCCGCAUCCUCAUAUCAGAUAAUGGCCGCCAAUUCGACAACGCCCGCUUCAGGGAGACCACGUUCCGGGUGCCCACCGGCGAAACUUCCUUCAAUCUGACGUACGGGACGGAAGCCGUCAUCCCUCUGGAGGUCGGGCUCCCUUCUUCGAGGGUAGAGCAUUUUGAUGCCAGCUCUAGCUCCUUGCAACUCAGGAAUAAUCUCGACUUGGUCGAAGAAGUAAGAGAGGCCGCCCGAGUUCGCAUGGCAAAAUACCAGCAAAGGACGGCGCAGUACUAUAACGCCAGAGUCAAGAUCAAAUCCUUUAGAGAGGGGGACCUCGUCCUCAGAAGGGCGGGGCCUCCCAACCGACCGAGCAGGGGAAGCUGGCCCCGAACUGGGAAGGACCCUACCGGAUCGCACGUGUCCAGCGACCCGGAGCUUACAAGCUAA